GGGGCGGGUCCGCGCAGCUCGUGUACCCGCAGCGGGCGCUGAAACCCAAUAGAGCCGUGUUGACAGUCGGAGCCAGAGGAGUCUACAGCUGCGCGUCCGCACCAGAACUUAACAUAAACACUCGUAGGUGCACGCACGGCCCAAAAAUACGCAGAGAAACAGGACACUCGAAGACUGUUUUGUUUUUUAUUGUUUUUGCUUUGUUUUGUCUUUUGUUAACCAACUUUAUGGAGUGCGUCUUAAUAUUUGGGUGAUUCACGUGAGUCUGUGCAGUACUGUUUUUCCUAAUUAGGGAUUUUAUAUAAAUUGUAUAUAUUAUGCUUCCUCGGUUUGUAAUUGGUAAUUUGACGGAUACAUGUAUUAAUGCGUAACGCUAUAUUUUCUGUAUUAUAGCAGUGUUUGGAUAGUUUGCAAAAAAUGUUCUCGUGCAGCAUAGUGUUACCAUACGUUGGAUUGCCGUUCACCGCGGAAUAAUUGACUGUUCUCAAACUCAUCUGCAACUGUAACGACAAAAGAAAAAGACCAUCGUUAACAAUGUCGCACGCUGAAGUAGAAUUCGCUGCCCGUGGUUUCCCAACAUUACCUGUUGAUUUGGACGAAGACUUCGCAGCACGGGUGCCCAUGUUACGCACGCACUCUCUCAGCGCCAGAAGGAACUCGUACGUGCUUCACAAAAUCAGCGUUGAUAUCGAACCCCAAAUUUACAGUGGGGCACUCUCCCAGGCGUUGUCCUGGUCAGCCGAAAACAUAUUAGCAGAGAGAAGCUCGCUCGAGAGGAAGGACGACACUCCGCCGUCUCCAUCUCCCAUCUCCAGUCGAGACGGUAGUACCGAGACCACUGCAUCUCCCCCGGAGAAAUGGGAGGUCGCGGGACCCACUCCGGUCGCGCGGGCACCGAACUCAGACUCAGAAAACGAAGCGGUGAAGAGCCCGCCAGUUCCCCGUCGGGUGGUGGAGAGCAAGUGGGAGCUGGACGAAAAAGAGGACAUGGAGACCAAAGCCGUGGCCACCUCACCCGAUGGACGCUACCUGAAAUUCAACAUCGAGAUCGGCAGGGGUUCGUUCAAGACGGUCUACAAGGGACUGGACACAGAAACGACGGUGGAGGUGGCGUGGUGCGAACUGCAGACACGUAAGCUGACUAAGAUGGAGAGGCAGCGCUUCAGUGAGGAGGUGGAGAUGCUCAAGGGGCUGCAGCACCCCAACAUCGUCCGUUUCCACGACUCCUGGAAGUCCACCGACAAUGGCCAGAAGUGCAUCAUCCUCGUCACGGAGCUCAUGACAUCAGGCACCCUCAAAACGUACCUGAAGCGCUUCAAGGAGAUGAAGCUGAAGCUGUUGCAGCGCUGGAGCCGUCAGAUCCUGAAGGGCCUCCACUUCCUGCACACGCGUUCCCCGCCCAUCAUCCACCGCGACCUCAAGUGCGACAACAUCUUCAUCACCGGCCCCAACGGCGCCGUCAAGAUCGGUGACCUCGGUCUCGCCACGCUCAAGAGUGCCUCCUUCGCCAAGAGCGUCAUAGGAACGCCGGAAUUCAUGGCUCCGGAGAUGUAUGAGGAGAAGUAUGACGAGGCCGUGGACGUGUACGCUUUCGGGAUGUGCAUCUUGGAGAUGACCACCUCUGAGUAUCCGUACUCCGAGUGCCAGAACGCCGCACAGAUCUACCGCAAAGUCACCAGCGGUAUGAAGCCAGACAGCUUCUUCAAAGUAAAAGUCCCUGAACUGAAGGAGAUCAUCGAGGGCUGCAUCCGUAUGAACAAAGAUGAAAGGUACACCAUUCAGGACCUGCUGGAGCACACGUUCUUCCAGGAGGACAACGGCGUGCACGUGGAGCUGGCCGAGGAGGACGACAUGCACAAGUCCAGCCUCAAGCUGUGGCUGCGCAUGGACGACACCAAGAAGCUCCACGGCAAGUACAAGGACAACAACGCCAUCGAGUUCCUGUUCGAGCUCUACAAGGACGUGCCCGAGGAGGUCGCCCAGGAGAUGGUGGUGCUGGGUUUCGUGUGCGAGGCCGACUUCAAGCUGGUUGCCAAGGCGAUGCGGGACCGCGUGACGGCCAUCAAGCGUCUGCGGGAGCGCCAGCGUCGGCAGAACGAGGAGCAGAAGCGCCGCCUCCAGGAGGAGACCAUCGAGGAGGAGCCUGAGCCCCUCUCCCCAAAGCCCAUUGGCCAGCCCCAGAAUAGCCCCUCCCACUUCCCGGCACAAACCACGCCCACACAUGCCACGCCCACGCCUCCUACUCCUAUCCCGCUGUCGCCGGAGCCCGCCCCCCUGGCGGUGAGCGGGUCAGUGGACUCGGCCGUUUCCAUGGUGAACGGGUCGCUGGAUUCUGGGCUGAACGGGGCCUUUCCCCUCGAGUCAGAGGAACCGGAAGCGGACCAGCACUUUCACUUCAGACACCUCAGCUGCUCCUCAGCCAACUCUGAUUGUGAGACAGAUGGCUAUCUCAGCCCCUGCGGGCUUCAGGACACCCUGGAGGUAACCAACGGCAACAGCAGCACCCCCCCGGCCCCCUGCACCCCACUGAUUCCACAGUCUCCCCCCGACCAGCCCAUGCCAGGACCCGGCCACCCGAUGCCAGCUCUUCGUUUCCCAUCGAGCAUUGCAGUGUCCUCUAAAACUCACACACACUCUGGACUCGGAAGUGGCUUCAACUCUCCAGGAGACAGUUAUGCGUCUGAUGUGACCUCGGGCUUGAGUGACGGGUAUGAGGGCCAAUCGGAAAAGGCCAUCAAGACAGCCGCUAGGAAGACGGCAGCAAAACUGUUCAGAAGGAGGGCAAGGUCCCGCCUCCGCAUCACUGGGCUAUCUGAUAAAGUGGACCGUGUUGUGGAAUGUCAACUGCAGACCCACAACGACAAGAUGGUGACCUUCAAGUUUGACCUGGACGGGGACAGCCCUGAGGAUAUUGCAGCCGUCAUGGUGCACAAUGAGUUCAUCCUCCCUUCUGAGCAGGAGGGGUUUAUUCACCGCAUGUGUGACAUCAUUAAACGGGCGGAGUCUCUGAUGGAGAAAGACGCUUUGGAUCUCCAAGGCGACCACGGCAUGAUGCUCCCCCCUUACCUGACGGAGACAGGACUUCUUUCCGCCUCACAGCCAAACCUGCAUAGUCACAGUCUGGCACGGACACACUCCUCCUCCUCUCUCCCAGCUGACUUUGGCAUAGUGGGCCCGGACGCUGGUGUGCACACGCCUCCCCAGAGCCAGACUCCUGACGCCAUCAUCGCUCCGGUGCGGCCCCUCUUACGCUCGCAGUCCUUUCACAACAGCGCAGGCUCUGCUCCUCAUUACCAUCACCACCCGGCCUCGCUGUUCUCCCCCGACCCCAUGAUGCCUCUCUCCAAGCUGGCCCACCUGCAGCACUACCACAUGUCAGGCCUCCUGGGCGGCACCCACUUCCCUUUCCCUUACCCAAUCAGCCACCCAGGUGCCCCCGAAGCCCCGCCCCCAGCCACGCCCACCUCCGCCGUGCCCAAUCAGAUCCUCGGCGGGUGCAGCACCCUCUCCCCCCCGCCGCCUCCGCCUGCUUCCGGCUCGCCCGUCCCUCCUAUCCCAGAAUCCCUCGGUGUGGACGGUAGCCCCCUGUCCCCGCCGCCGACCCCCCACACGGUGGGCGCGCCGGCUAUGUGGUCACCGCACCCGCAGUCGCUCUUCUCGCUGGCCAACAUGCUCUCCAUGGCCAUGAGCAUGGCACACUCCUUCAUUCCAGGCUCCACCCUGGCACAGGCCCUGCCAGGGCUGUCUGGCUUCCACCACCCCCCUCAGCUCACUCACCACAUACACCACCAGGUGGCGGGGUACCCGUACAUGUACCCCCACAUGCCCCAGUACCCCCCAGCCAUGCCCGCUGACUCUGGGUACCCCCCAUCUGUUGGGUCGGAGUACCACCACACCCACGAUGCCCACUUUGGGUAUGGGUCCGUGCCCAGGGGGCACAGCCCCACCCCACAACACACUGUGUCCCCGACGCCCUCUGAGGUGCACCCCUCGACCCCUACCCCUCUGUCCCCACAGCGGGGCGUGUCCUACUGCCCCUCCCCUCUGCCCCAGGAGCUCCCUCAGGUGCACACACACCCAUUGUCAGGGCAACACCAGGACCAAUCAGAUGGCAGCCGCACUCCAUCGGCUCUGUCGUCCCCAUUGAUGACCAGUCCAGAGAGCACAAUGUCCUCGUCUAGCCUGCGAUCUCUGUCGCCCCUGGCAACGGCGGAACCAUGUGGCCCAUUGUCCGAGAGCAGACCAUCCCUGGAGUGCAAUGAACCAAAGCAGACUGUGACGGUCGGCCGCUUCCAGGUCUCCCCCAGCAAGGAGGUGCCAGUGAGAACCACACCCAUACCCACUGCCUGUCCAAUCACAUCUGCUGUUGACCAAAGCCCGCCCUCUCUCACACGUAACCCCACCCCCCGAAAUCAGCCCCAGAGGGCUGCGAGGAAACUCCCCUCCCCCCUCAGCCUUCCCCCGGCCCAGCGCACCCAAGCGGGGUCCCCCCCAAACCAGGAGCACAUGACAGGGUCCCCCCUCUCCCAUACUCUUCUGACAGGGUACCCCCAGAACCAGCAGAGCGUAACAGGCCCUCCCCAGGGAGAGUGCCUCCUGCUGGGCAGUAGUAUUGAGCAGGCAGCCUUCCCUCCUCUGGAUACAGGCCACAUCCGCCUGGAGACCAAAGAUGAUGAUGAUGAUGAUGAGGAAGAUGACGCGGAUGAAGAGGAGGGUGGUGGUGUGGAGCGAGAUGAGGAAGAGGAGGAGGUAGAGGAUGAGGAAGAGGAGGCGCAGGAGCAACGGCGCAGGAGGAAGAGGGGUCGGCGACCGGAGCUGAGUCUGAGCCUCCUGGGGACGUCGGUGGACAGCGGCUUCUCCGUCAACAACGUCCCCGACAGCGAGGGACGCAUGUGGGAGGAGCAAGGGGGAGGAAGGGGCGGGGCCCGAAACCCCCUGUAUGCCACGCCGCUCCACCACCUGUGGAUGAGCAACAUGCGCAGCUCCUCCUACUUGAGCAGCAACGAAUCAGAGAGCGAGGUGGAGGAGGUGUGGGAGGAGCUUCAGGAGAUGAGAGAGAAACACAUGAGUGAGGUGCAGUCUCUCCAGUCGGUGCAGAAGCAGGAGAUCGAGGAGCUGUAUGAGAGGAUGGGGAAGGUGCCCCCUGCCGGUAUCGUCUCUCCGGCCGCCAUGCUGUCCAGUCGCCAGUGGCGUCUUUCCAAAGGAGGUGGCUACCCGCCCUCCCGCCGAGACAGCCUCCAGAGGCUCGACAUCCUGCCUCUGACAGGUAUUGUGAGGAAGAGCUCCUUCAGUGGCAGUAGCACCAGCAGCACUAGCAGCAGCACCAGCAGUCGAAGCACCUCCCAGGAGCGCCCCAGCAAAAGCAUGACCUUUGCCCCCGACUUCGCCCGCAUGUAAGAGCCCAGCUUCACGCACUCUUAACAAGAAUGGACUACCUCAUCCAGAGCAUUCAGUCUCCCAUGAGCCUGUGCGCCAGCGCUGGAGGAAGUGAUGUCAUAUGUAUGAGGAAAUGGUAUCCAUUGUGAUGCUUUUUUGUUUUGUCCUCCUCUGGACCGACUGUCGUCCUCACUGCCACAUAUGGACACUUGUCAAGGCCCGCCCCAUGACCUCACAGGAAACACACCCAGGUCAAGUCAAAGCCCGGGUUUAAGUACCUCUCUUAUCUGCCCUUUGCGGAGUUGCCAUAGCACACGCAGGAGGUUGAUGGAAGACCCAAAGAGUUCAGAGUGUACAGAAGGAUAACCCAUGCAAUCCCACGUGUUCCGCCUGAAGGCCUGCAUGCAAUAAAUCCUGCCUAAAUCAUAGCUUUAGGAAGGGCUGCACUCCGCAAUCCAUGUUCUUCUGAAGAGGGGCAGCCCAGUGUGUGUUUGUCUCUCCUGCUCCCCUUUGAAGUUUCUAAGAGCUCAAGGAAAGGGUGAUGAAGAGAGAAUGUGUCUCGCUGAGGCCCUUGGCAUCCUUCAAGGUCUCCUGUAUAAAUGUUACUUUUCUUUGCACUUUUCAAGCCUGUGAUGAUGGCGACUAAUCAGGCAUGUUUCAUUUUGUGCGUGUGUGUGUGUGUGUGGGUGCGUGUCUGAGUGUGAGUGUGUAGAAAAAGGGAGAAAGACUAAAGUCUAUCUGCAGAUAAAAAUCAUUUGUACUUUUAUUAUUUUGCUUGUUAUUGUGCUGUAGAAUUAACAAAUGAAUCCCAACAGCAAAGAAGUGAAAUUAGAUGAACUAUACCUGUGUAUAUUUGUGAUGGAUGUUGCUUGUUACAGCCACAUAUAUAUUUGGGUUUGGUUCAAAGCAAUGAGCAAGCAUCCAGAUAUCACUUGUCUUUCGUCUUCUUGAGACAUAUAUUCUGUCUUGAUUAAUGUUAUCGUAAUUUUUUUGCAUAGUGCAAAGUUGAUAAAUGAUUACAUUGUUCAUUAAUGUAAAUAUUUCUCACACCAUAGCGUAUGAAUAGGGGCACUGACUUUUACAAAACUUCAAUAUAUAUCACAUCGACUUUAGUUUGUGCUCAGUUUGCAAUACAUUAAAACAGUUAAAUACAUAACCUCUUACCAAUUGCACAAUCGCUCAUGAUCAGAGAACGAUUAACCAGACGUACAAUCAACAUCCGCAAAAUAAUGGUUUCAUUGGGAAAACCAUGCACCUUCUUCGCACUUUGGAAUAAAUCAACUGCCUUUCCAGACUAUGUAAAAAAAAAAAUCACCAUUAAGGUGACUGGUUAAAGUCAGACAGUA